AUGGGUAGCGCAGGGGAUUUGGCGGGAGCCAUGAACAAGAUUGCGUCUCUGGAACAAACGAUAAUUCGUCUAGAGGGGGAUCUAGCACGGAGACGUGUUCAGUUUGAGAACCUGGAGUCUUCACUCCAAAAAGGACAGAAGAGCCUUGCAGAGGAGAGAGCAGAGAGAGAAGCCCUUCAGAAGGACUUCCUCAGGCUGCAGCGACGAAACGAUGAGUUGGAGCAGUUGGGAGAGGCAAAAACCAAGGAAGUCCGUGUCCGCAGCGAAGCUUGCUCUUUACUGGAAAUCCAAUUGAAGAAAACACAGCAAGAGAGAGACGAAAGCGCGGUAGCAGAGCGCCACCUUCGGUCCAAACUCGCUGACUUGGCAGAAACAGUGGAUGGGCUUUCACGAGACAACAAGGAGCUAAGGAAGCAGCUGGUUGGGGAGAGGAAUCAAGCUGAGAACUUGCAGAGACAGGUUGAGAAACAGAGGGAGAUUCACGAACGAUCUAUCCACCAACUAAAGUGCAGUCUCUCAGAGAAGGAUGGGAGCCUCCAGCAGGUCAACCGCACCCUUGCUUCACAGCAAGAGGAAGCAUCCCAUGCAGGGCAUCGUGCACAGCAAGCAGAAGCGAGCGCCCAGAAGCUGCGCACGGAGCUGGCGGCAGCACUGCACGUCACAAGCAAACUGCAGGAGCAGUGCGAUCGUCUCCAAGAGCAAGUGGCGCAGGGGGCUAGUUCAGCACAGCAUGCCCAAGAGGCGCAAGGCGCUUCUGAGCGGAGGUGCUCGACAUUGGAAGCAAAGGUGGCAGAGCUGGAGAAGGAGCUGACUGCCGCACUUACCGAGCGUUCAGCCAAGGAAGCGGCCUUUGCCGGACAGAGCCAGAUGGUCGAGGUUCUCUCCGCUGAGAAAGUCAGUCUCACCAACGCACUUGAGACGGCCCGGAAGGAUGCGGUCCAGGCAAAGGACGCUCACGCAAGCGCGGCCAAACGGGUUCAGAGCCUUCAGCAGGAGUUGUUGGAUGCUUCAAACCACUUAGAGCGCCUGAAAGAGGCUGAGGGUUUGGUGGCGCAGCUGACAGCCGAAGUGAAGGAGAGGGAGGAGAAGUGCGCCGCCAGUGAGCAAGCGGUGGUGAGCCUGCAGUCGAAGCUCGGCACAGCGGCGGUCGAAAAGAGGGAUUUGGAGUCGAGGGUUGGAAAGCUGGCGGACGACUUGAGUGCAGUGACGGCUCUUCUCGAGGAUGCGCGGGUGCGGCUGGGUAAAGAAGAGGAGGGAAAGAGGGUGCUGGAGGCUCGGCUUGAAGCCCAAACGGAGGAGCUGAAGAAAGCGGCUGCACAGGAGGGGACGCAAUCCGCAGAACUGGAAAGGCUUGCUAGGGAGCUUGAGCAGUCUAAGGAUGCGGCGACUGGCUUAGCGGUUCAGCUGAAGGAGGUCGACGCUCGCUACCGCGAAAACGAGGCGAAGCUGCUCGAGUUGCGGUCGGAGGCGGAGGCCAAUUUGAAGCGGGUGGACGAUGCGGAAAGGGCGGCGGCGGAGAGCCUCUCGGCACUGGAAGAAAGCCAGGCCCGGGAAGCCGCCCUCGCGGGCAGGGUCAAAGAGCUGGAGAGCUCGAGGCGGCUGGGGGAGAGCUUGUCGGGGGCGCUGAAAAGGGAGGUCGUCGAGAAGGCACAACAGCUGGCGGCAUGCCGCGCCGAGCUUGCGGCCCUGAGCAGCGGGAUGGAGUCCGUCAAGGAAGGGGCGGACCAGCGGGCGCAGGAGCUCGCAGGCUGGGAGGAAAAGUGCUCGCUUCUGGAGGCGGAGGCGGGGCGAAAACUCGAGCAGCUGCGGUUGGAGAACGGGGCUCUAAGCCAGCAGUUGCAAGCGCUGGAGUCGCAGCUGCAGGAAGCGCGGGGAAAAGUCCGCCAGAACGAGGAGGCGGUUCUGGCUCAGCAAAGGAAGGUGUUUGAGUUGGAAGGACUGGUUGGGGCUGCGAAAGAGGAGCGGCUUGCACGGGAACUAGAGCGGACGGCUCUGCAGGCGGAGCUUGACACAUUCGGGGCGCAGUUGCGGGAGAGCAGGGUCGCGCUGCAGUCCAAGACCAACGAGUGCGCGGAAGCUGUGGAACGGUUGCGGACGGUGGAGAGCUUCCGAGCAGAAACGGAGGGGGCGCUUAAGGGCGAGGUGGCAAGACUCGAGGAAGCCCUCUCAGCAGCAGAGCGGACAGCUGACGGCAUGGCCGAACAGAAAAAAAUAGUGGAAAGGAAGUUGAAAGAGGCCGAGAUGAAGCUGGAAGCCGCAACGGGGUUGAAGGAUGCGUUGCAGGGAGAAGCGGAGGAGGCCCAGAUGCGCCUCGUGGAAGUGGAAAGCGAGCUUGAGAAGACACGUGGCACCCUUUUGGAGACCGAAGAGAGGCUGUCCGUGACUGCACGGCUGGCGGAGGAACGCGCAGCCAAGCUGGUCGAGGCUGGGAAGGUGGAAGCGGUCUGGCGGGGAAGGUUGGAGGGGAUGGAGGCAGACUCUCAAAAGAAGGAAGCAGAAAUGCUUGGGCUUGUGCAAGAAGUGGAUGCUUCAAAACAUCGCUGUGCUGCUGUCGAGCAGGAAUCGGGUCGGGCCAACGAGGAGGUGGCCCACUUGCGCGGGGAGGUGGCAAAAGCGAAAGAGAGGAGUGCGGCAGCGGAGAGGGAGACGGAAGAGAAGCUGGCUGCGCUCGAAGUCGAGCUGAAGAAAGCGCAGGGAGAGUUGGCCGCGAAGUGUGAGGAAGUGGCAGUGCAAGCGUCAUGCCUGGCCCAAAUGGAUGCGCUCGUACUGCGGGCGGAGUCUGCUGGAGAGGAGGCGGCUCAGACGGAGAAGCUGUUGGAAGAAGCGGUUGCCAGGCAGCAAGCUUUGGAGGAGUCGCUGUCGAGGCUGAGCCGGGAAAAGGACGAGAGAGAGCGGCGGGUGCGGGAUCUGACGGAGGCUCUGGCGGCGAAGGAGCGGCUAGUCGACGAAGGGGAGCGUCGGGAGAGGGGGAGGGAGGCGGAGCUAAGAGCGAGGGAGGAGGCUGCGGCUGCGCUGGAGAGAAGCUUACAAGGAGCGCAGGCCGAAGUCAAGGCGAAGGCAGACAAGCUUGCUGAGUUGGAGUCGAUCCUAGCGGGUGGCGAGAAACGGGCGGGGGAGUUGGCGGCCGUGAGCAGAGCGCUCGAGGAAGAGAAGGAGGCCCUUGUGCGAGACUUCGAAGCCAGGGGAGGUGCGCUCGAGCGGGCGGAAGCGACGGCUUGGACUGAGAGCGGAAGGGCUUUGGCCCUUGAGGCUCAGCUGGCGGAACUCACGGCGGCUGCAGAAGCCACUGCCUCUGAGGUGGCUCGCCUGACGGGGGAGAGAGACGGGCUGACGCUUGAACUGGAGGCGAGGACGGAGCAGCUGGCCACCAGCAAGAUGGCGGUCGCCUCGCUGACCGAGAAGUUGGACGCAGUCGAGCGGGAGCUUUCGGUCAGGAAGGCAGCGGGUAAGGAACGAGAGGAAGGUCUGCAAGCGGAGCUGAGUGGUUUGGUUGGCAGGCUCGACGCUGCUGAGGCGGAGCUUUCGGCGGGCAGCGAUCGGUUGGCCGCCAGCGAAGAGAGGGAACGGAAGCUCCAGGGAGCGGUGGAGGCGCUUCGUCGCCAGCUUGACACGUGUCAGAUCGACCUGGAGGCGGGGCGCAAGCACCUAGUAGCGGCAAGCGGCCAGUUGGCGCAGUCUCAGGGACAAUUGUUGGCGAAGGAAGCUGAGAUCCUGGAGCUUAAGGCGCAAUUCGAAGGGCUGGAAGCAGUGCACAGCCAGCAAGCCGCGCGGUUUGCAACGGAGAAGAAGGGGCUCGAGGAGAGGGAGGCGGAGGGGCGGGGCAAAGUGGAAGCCAUGGCGGUGGCCUUGGAAGCGGCGAGGGGUGCGCUGGCGGCCGGGGGCGACAAGGAGGGGUGCAUGGAGGCGCACAUCGGGGUACUGGAAAGGCGCCUCGAGGACAGAGAACGCGAAAUCGAGACUCUGUGGAAGGAGGUGGCGGCUGUUACGGACGAACUGGGAAGCCGGGAAAGCGCGGCGCAGCUGGCGAGGCUCGACAACGUGGAAAGCAAGAUGAGGCUGGCGGAAAUUGAGGCGGCGCUGGCUGCAGCGAACGAGCAGAAGGCGCGGCUGAGCGGCGAGUUGGCGGCGGCGCGGGCGGAUUUCGAGCGGAGCGGAACGGAGCUAGAGCGGAGCCGGGAGCGAGCUUCGCAGUUGGAGAUGGAGCAGAGGCAGCGGGAGGAAAGUUCCGGCGCGCUGAGUGGAGCGCUGACUGCGGCGCAAGAGAAGCUUGCGGCGGCGCAGCGGGAAGUCGGGGAGUGCCGGGCGGCACUGGGAGCCGCGCAAGCGGACGGAGAGGCCAAGUCGGCGGAGCUCGCCGCGGUCAAGCUGCUGCUCGAGAAGUUCGCGCUGGAGGUCGAGGGCCUGACGGAGAGCCGGGAGAAGCUGGCGGGCGAGGUCGCGGCCGCCCUGGACGCGCAGUCUGGCGCUGAGCAGCAAACUGCACAGUUGUGCAAGGAGCUUGAAGAGUUGGUGGAGGCGAAGCGGGAGGUUGACAUUGAGAUUUUGGGGUUGAAGUCGCGGCUCGAGCAGGGGGCGGUAGUUGCACAUCACAUGGAAGAGGCGAAGACGGAGGUGGCGCGGUUGGAAGCGGAGGUGCGGGCAGCAGAAAGCCGGUGCUCCGCACUGGAAAGGGCGGUCAACGAUGAGAGGGCGGUUGUUGCAGCCAGAGACGAGAAGAUCGAACAGCUGCAAGAGGCGGCCCGGGUGAAGGAAGAGACGACGGCAGGGAUGCGGAGCGCCUUAGACGAGGCUUUGGAGGCAGAGAAGAUGCUGGAAGCGAGCGCUGAGGAGCUUUCCGCCCAGGGUGCGAAGGCUGAAAAGGAACUCUUGGAACUUCAAAGGCAGCGGGAAGAAGGAUUGGGGAGAAUCACAGAACUCGAACGUCAGCUGGAGUUGACGCAGGCCACCUGCAAGGAUAUCUCGGCCGAAAAGCAGGCUUUGGCGGAGCAAGUCGAAUGCGGGCAGGCCGAGAAUGCGGCUCUGUUGGGAAAGCAGCGCGAUCUGGAGUCCGCCAUCCAGCAGCUGAAGACAAUCAAGGAGCGGACGGCGACCGAGCUGCAGGCACAGCUAGACUCGGCGGUCGCCGAGAAGGCCCGGAUGUGCACGGAACUAGAGGCGGCGACUGCUGACGUGGCGGAGCUGCGGGCAAAGGAGAAGGUGAUGGAGGGCAGCCUGCAGCAAGUGGUGGCCCUGGCUCAGAAGAUCGACGGCCUGGAGAAGGAGAAAAAGCAGCUCCAAACGGCGGUCGGAAAAGGUGGGCAGGAUGCGGGGGCGCUGAGCGAGGCGCUGGCGGCAGCACAGGAGCGGGCGGAGAAGCUGCUGUGGGAGCUGAACGGGAAGAUUCAGGUGCUGGAAGCCAAGAACGGGGCCCUGGAGCACAUGAGCGCUCAGCUGCAAGGCGCCGAAGCCAAAGCUGAAGAGCAGGCCGCCAGCUUGGCUGUACAGGAAGACCAACUGCAAACCCUUCGUGAGACUAUCGCUCAUCUCGAGGACUCCCUCCACUCGUACAAGGAGUCCGGAGACAGCCUGCAGAGGACGAUUGGCGAGCGGGAAAUCAGCAUCGAGACUGGGAACCGCGAUAUCGAACGGCUGCAGACGCUGCUGGAAGAGAAGCGGGUCAAAGUUGAGGGGAUGGCGCGGGAAGCGGCAGAAGCAAGCAACAGGCUGGCUCAGGUCGAGGAGUGCGUGAGCGCUUUACAGGCGCAAUUGACCAGUGCCCAGAAGGAAAGCAACGGGACGGAAUCCAGUUUGAAGGAGCUAGCGGCGGCGUUGCGCGGGAGAGAGGCGGAUGUCGACAGUCUGCGCGCGGAGAAAGCGGCGCUCUGCGGCGAAGUUGAACGGUUCAAGGGGCAGAUGGAAGCGGCCCUGAAGCGAAGGGAGGCCGUAGAGAGUGGCGCGGCGCUGACGUCGGCAGAGCUGGAGCGAGUGGGGCGGGAGUUGGAGGCGAUGCGGGCGACGGUCUCGGCCCUGGAGGUGAAGCGUAGCGAAGAGGAGCUUAAAAGUCAGCAGAUGGAAGCGGCGCUCGCCGACAAGGACGGCCACGUGGCCGAGGCGCGUGCGGCGCUCGAAAGCGCGCGCGCCGAAGGGGCGCAAAUCGCUAAAGAGCUCGACGCUUCGCGCGCAGUGGUCGGCCUCCUGCAAAAAGAACGGGGGGUGCUGAUCGACAAGAUGCAUCAGCUGGAAGCGGUGGUGACGUCAGCGAAGGCCGCCCUGGCGGAGAGCGAGCGGCUGUACUCAGAGUCGCAGGAGGCGGUGAAGGACGCGGGCGAGCUGAGGGGACAGCUGGCGGAAGCGACGAGCGCGCGUGUGGAGGUGGGCCGGCAACUAGAGGAGGCGCUGGCGCAGAUCGAAAGAGAGAAAGGGGCGGCGGACGAGUGGCAAAAGAAGGUCCGGGAGAGCGAGGCAACGGUGGCUGCCCACUUGGCCGCCCUGGACGCCCUCCAGCUCAAGGUCUACCGCCUGCAGCAGUCCGUCGUUGAGGGCGACACCCAGAGGCAGCAAGCCGAGCAGGCGGUCGCCCUCCUGCACUCCCAGCUCGAGGCCCUGUCCGGAGAGCAGAGUGCAUACGCCCAGACAGCGCUGCACCUCUCCCAGGAGGUGGAGCAGUCCCACAAGGCCCUUUCUGCGGCGCAACGGGAGCUGGAAGCGCUGGAAGACGGGCGGAGGGGCAGCGAGGCGGCGUGGCGCACUGAAAAGGAGACACUGUGCGAGGAGAUCAGCAUCUACAUGACGCAGGUGGAAGAGUUGAACGGGGAGCUCAAGGCAAUGCGCGUGGAGAAGGCGGAAACGGAAGCGGAGAUAGCGGACAUGCGGGCGAGGCUCGAGCAGGUAGGGCUCAUCUCCGACAAGCUCCACGAGAUUCAGCGGGACAGAGUAGAGGAGAAGCGCCAGAUGGACGCCACGUCAGAAGACCUCGAGCUGGUCCGCAAGGAGCUGGCGCGCGGCACGGCCGCCACGUCGAGCAUCAUGGAGCAGCUGGAGCGGACGCUGCAGGCAGUCACCGCCAAGGACAAGCACCUCGCCACGCUGCAGGCGGACCUUGCCGCAGCGGAAUCCGUCAUCCUACGGCAGCAAGCGGGCUUGGCUCACGAGUCCCGCACCGCCGCUUCCCUGGUCAGCAAGCUCAAGCAGCACCAGGAAAAGGAGCGCCGCAUGGAGGCCGCGAUGCACGCCCUGCGCGCGCGCCUCCUGGAGUCCGGCCAGACUGCUCCGGAAGCGGAAGUCUUCCAGGUGGGCAGCCCGGUGAAGGUCCCCGGGCGCCCCUGGGGCGAGGACGCGGCCGCGGAGGAGCGGGUGGUGGAACAGGAACUGGCGCUGAGGCUGCAGCAGGCGCAGGCGGAGCUGCGGCGGGCCAACCUGGAGAUUGACGACAUGCGCACCAGACUGUACGGCGACCGGACGCCCGCCACCGGGAAGCACCCCCGGCAGGAGGCAUCGCCCGAAGAGGUGCAAGAGUUGCAGGUGGCCGUGAAAGACCUGCAGAGCGAACUGGCGCUGGAGAAGGCAGCGCACAACGCCACCAAGCAGGCGCUCAUUGAAGAGCAGGGCCGCUUCGCGACGCAGCUCCAGGAACUGCAGGAACUGAUUCAGAAUAUGAACGGGGGAGCUGCGGGCGGUGCUUCGGAGAUGCCCCCCAUCCAGGAGCUGGCGAUCUUGAGGGCACGUGUCAUCGAGCUCGACAUGCGUCUCGCCAUGGCACGCUCUGACGGAGACGGGAAGAGCGGAGCGAUCACCGGAGCCGCAGGCCAAGACUUUGUUCUCGACGCUUCCGUCGAGGACGGGCGCGAGGACGCGGCUGCUGACGGCACGCCUGACGUGUACGAGCUUCAAAAGAUGGUCGCAGCCAAAGAGGAGGAGCUCAAUUACUUCGUGGAACGAUGCGAGUCGCUCAUGAGAGAGAACACGAGCCUCAAGAAGAAGACGGCCAGCUUGGAGAGCCGCGUGCGAGGCCACCAGAUGCGCCGGAGGGCCGCCGCUGACGCGGCGGGCCCUGCCCCAGCAGCCAAGCCCACAAACCAGCCGGCCGCGCCGCCCAAGGACGAAGAAACGGGGCCUCCAGGCGCUCCGAUUGAGGACGGUGCCCUGAUUGCAGAAAGAAGAGUCAGCGAGGGACGCGUCAGCCCUUUGGGCCCCAAACCACCGAUUCAAAACUCGCUGUGUUCAGGGAAUGUGUCCAAUGAGGGGUCAGAGGGGGGGAAGUCUUCGCAGAAAGAGUCUGACCAGGAGCAGAAGGCUGCAGUGCUUGACGGCAAAGUCCCUCAGAACACAUUCCAGCCGCUGUUGGGCGUCUCUUCGUUGCGAGCGGACGAUCUGCUGGACCUUGGGCCGGAGGAAGGCGGUCUCGACCUGAUGCCACGUCAGCAGAGCGAGGAGAGCCGCAAGCGCCACGUGGCACGCGGGGUCGGGGGCUACGAGGCUUCCCCGGGCACCGCCCGGGGACUGAAGGUUGCGAGGACUCGGAGCGUGGGGGCGCUUGUGGAGGCGCGGGGGCUGCAGGCCCUGCUGUUGGGAAGAGGGGGAUCCCCCGAGCUGUCUGGUCGUAUCAGCUCCGUAGACAAGCCCUCGCUUGCGGUGAGCGACAAACGCGCUUCCCUGGGGGCUGAAAUCGGUCCCAAAUCGGCGAAGAGUUCACCGAGCAUGGAGCGGUCGCCUCUGGCAGUCAUGCAGCUCUCAGUGGAAGAGGCGAAGGCUUCCCCGGGGGGCGUUGAGAAGGUGUCGCCGAGGAUGGCGGGGCCGGCCAUUCAACCGCUCCGUCUGUCGGGCGAGUUUACCAGCCUUCUCCAGGAAAACCGAGACGUGUAGAUCCCCGGACAUGAGGAACCGGUGUAAAAAUGGCGUCUUAUGCGACAGUGAUAUUCAACUUGUACUUAUAGUGGCAGCAGUAGAGAUGAGAAUUCCUUCCUUUGUUAUGAACUUGCCCAGAUACUAGUGGUUUCGAUCUGACCGAAGGACUUUUCAAGCCGAAA